CCGUCAGCGUUCAGCGAUUACUUUCAAAAUAUUUUUGCUCAAAUGCAAAAACAAUUUGAAAGCGUGUUUCAACAACCGACACAACUAAAUGGUGAUUCACAAGAUACCGCUGGAGAUUUAGAUCAAAUUGAACCGAAAUGUAACACGACAACAUCCGGUCGUUAUCGAACAACGACAUGUGUUAAAGAGGUUACGAAAAAUACUGAAAAACUUCUUUAUAAGGAAGUGAAUACAACUGAUACACAAAGUGGAAAAAUUAUCGGACAUAGUGUUAGUUACACUAAAUAUCAAACACAUGACAAUAACAACGGNGGAUAUGAUCAAUUAAGUUGGUGUAUCUGA